UCCCGGGGACCCCCGAGCGGGGCUGCUGCGGCCUCGGGGAUCCCCCGGCACCGAGAGCCGGUCUCCGGGCAGCCCCGCGGCCUCGGGGAUGCUUUUUCAGGCACCGGCGCCGAGGCACAGCCCCCGGCGAGCCUGACACCGCCUGGGGCUCGGCAGGAUGGAGGCCACGGACGUCCCCAUGCCUGUCCCCAUGGGUGUCCCUGCGCUGGCCACGGAGCGGAGGUUCGCCCAGCGCCUCAGGGAAUGUCUGGAAGAGGAGCGGCUCUCGGACGGGCGUUUCCAGCUGCAGCGGGUGCCAGGGGGCCGCGUGGCCCUGCCUGUGCUGGAGGAGAAGCUGUCCCAGCUCUGCCUGCCCCCGGAGAUGCCCUGGGAGCUGGUCCGGAUCCAGGAGCCGGUGCCCUCCAGGGCCGCCCGCCGGUGCCCGCCUGCCCGGAGACUGCGGGAUCAGCUGCGGCGGCUGCUGGGGACCAGCUGGUCGGAGGAGCUGGAGCGGGAUGUGCCCCACGCCUGGCAGAGGCACGGCGACCUGGUGCUGCUGAGCGAGGACAGCUUCAAGGCUGCGCCCUGGGAGAGGCUGGGCCCGGAGCUCUGGGAGACGGUCGCCUCGGCUUUGGGAGCCCGGCGGGUGGCCAGGAGAGGACGGGUGAUGCCGGAUGGGAUGCGGACCCCCCGUGUCACCCUGCUGCUGGGCCAGCACGGCUGGGUGGAGCACGUGGACAACGGGAUCAGGUACACCUUUGACGUGACCAAGUGCAUGUUCUCCCCGGGGAACAUCACGGAGAAGCUGCGUGUGGCCUCACUGCCCUGCUCCGGGGAGGUCCUGGUGGAUCUCUAUGCAGGCAUCGGCUAUUUCACGCUGCCCUUCCUGGUGCACGCGGGAGCUGCCUUUGUCCAUGCCUGUGAGUGGAACAGCCACGCCGUGGAGGCCCUGCACAGGACCCUGGUGCUGAACGGGGUGCGGGAUCGCUGCCACAUCCACGCCGGGGACAGCCGGAAGCUGCAGCUGCGGGAUGUGGCAGACAGGGUGAACCUGGGGCUGAUUCCCAGCUCGGAGGAAGGCUGGCCGGUGGCCUGCCGCGUCCUGAAGAAGAACACGGGUGGGGUUCUCCACAUCCACCACAACGUGGAGACUCCCCACGCGCCGGCCCCGCCGCAGCCUGCGGUGCUGCUGGCUGAGCGCGGCUCUCCAGAGACAGCCAGCUCUGGGGGAGAUGCACAGCAGCCAACAGAGGACGGUGGGGAGGAGACACUGGGGGCCAGGCUCAGACCCGAGUGGCAGGGGUGGGCCGAAGCCACGGCCACACGGAUCCAGGGGCUGCUGGCAGAGCUGCACGGGCGGCCGUGGCGCACCAGCGUCCUGCACGUGGAGGCGGUGAAGUCCUACGCUCCACACGUGCAUCACCUCGUGCUGGACCUCGAGUGCCGGCCAGUGCUGCCCGAUUAGCAGGGCAUGGACACCCCUGGAGCUCCAGCUCCCGUGGAAGGGUGGUGUCAAACACCAGGGGCAGGGAGAUGCUACCAGCAGUGUCCUGCUGCCAGCCCAGAUGAGCCUUAUGUCCCCUGGUUCCCAGGUGGCAGCAGUGCCUGGCAGUGCCUCCCCAUGCCCAGGGCACCCAGGGUUGUACUCCCAUGGCAGAUCCCUUCGGGAUCCAGACAAGGAUGGAGGAAGUUGGUGCUCAGAGUGCCAGUGUUCUGCCCUGGCUCUGCCAGUCACUGCCCAAGUCUUGGACAUGUGGUAGCACCUUGAGCCCCAUUUUCACACAGGAGAGAGCCGCAGUGCUGAGAAGCCUUGGGUUCCUGCUGAGUUCAUUUCAGCAGGUCAGGGACAAGCAUUGUGCUUGUGUUUCCCAGCAUGCUUUUUUAAUGUACUGUAAACAAUUCUGUUCAUCUCACUUUCUUCCUAGCUCUUUUUCAGAAAUAAAGAUCUUUCUCACCA